GAGGGCCGGGGGCGGCGGGGACGGUGCGGGCCGGGCUUUGGUCGCCGCAGGCCCUUGGGCCGGUAUCGGCACGGCACGGCACGGUCCCGGUCCUCCCCCACACCCUUUCCCCUCCCCUCUCCGCUCCCGAAGCCUCAAGGGCCUGCUCAAGCGUGUGGGGAGCAUCUGCGCCAGCCGAGGCACGGCCUGCGGCCUGCAGAGAGCUGCUUCUCUGCUGAGUGCGCUGGGGGCUGGCUACCGUCGCCCCGUGCGAGGCUGCAGAUCCUUCUUAAAACACCUUGAAAAGGGAGGUGGAGAACCUGAAGGCAAACAAAGAGGCUGAAAGUGAUAAGGCUCUUGUGAACGCAGCGUUGGAGGCACAAGGAACUCAAAGAUUUAUUCACUAAACUGGAGAAGGGUGGAGAUGGAAGGGUGAGCUUUGAGGAGUUGCAGUUUGGCUUGUUCAGCCACAUGACCAUCUUUUUCUAAGGUACGUCAACAUCUCUCAAGCAGCCAAGACUCAGCAAUUCAUGGGGCGAGUUGAAAGGCAGAAAGCUUUCUUUGUAAAAAGGAUCUUGGUUGAUGGCCUUGAUCUGCAGCUCCUUGGAGAUCAUUUCCUUAACUUUGGCAUCAGAGUGCGCAGGGAAGCAGUCCAUCCGUCCAGCCAAGCUGUGUGGGCCCACAUCUCUUCUCCAGCAUCAGCAACAGCAAUAGAUUUGCCAAACCUGAAUUUGUUAUUGCCAUUUGAGCCCUGGAAGAACUUAGAGGAGAUCCUCAAGGGGCUGAGUAGCAGCACAGGGGUGCAGGGGAGCCUGGCAGAGCUGCCCACAGCUUUGGACAACACACUCAUGGUCCCCAGGAGCGGGCUUCAGCAUGCAGCCGUCACCUCCUAUGGAUACAAACUGCAGUGCCUCAGGAUCCAGGUGAGGCAGAUCGCCAGGGAGAGGGACAAGGCGAGGCUGGACUUGGAGAAAGUGGAGGGUCACUGCCUGCAGCUUGGCAGGGAGUUGGACGAGCAGUACGUCGCUUUCGAGCACACCCAGAGCAAGCUCAAGGAUUUUCAGGCAGAAAUAGAGGCAAAAGAGCUGCUUUUGCAGCAAGCAGUCAGUCACCAAGCGAAGCUGGAAGCUGAUACACAGUUCCUCCAGGGCAAAGAGGCUAGCCUGCAAGGGAGACUGAACCACGUAAUGAAGGAGAACACACAGCUGCAAAACAAGGUCAUGGAGAUGGCUGAGAAACUGGUGGCAUCUGAGAAGCUGGUGUUGGAGCUGCAGAAAGAACUCAACUGCGUUGUGAAGGACAAGCUGGGCCAGGUGGAGCCCCACAGCCCAGAGCUCCUGAACCAGAGUGAGUGCUUUGCAGAGAUUGUCCUGGAAUACGAGCGGCAGUGCCAGAGAGUCAAGGUGCUGUGGGACCAGAAUGGAGUGCUACAAAGGGAGCUGGAAAGGCUGCGUCUCCAGCUACAGGAGAGCAGGGCUGAGAGAGGGCCGCCAGCAGGAGGCCUGUCCUCACAGGGCUUCUCUCUGUCAGUGUGCUGCUCUCCCAGCCCUCCGGUUUCCACUUCUCCGUGCACAGAGACAUCACUCUCAAUGGAGCAGCUCCAAGAGCAGCUGCGGGACCUGAAGGUGCAGCUGGAAACCAAGGUGAGAGGUGUGGGAGGAGAUGUCCUGACCUCUUGGCACAACUGCUUGAUAAACUAUUACGAGGAGGAAAUCGAGUUAAUGAGGAAAAACUUUGAGAGAGAGAGGAAGGACAGUGAGGAAAGCUUCAAGGCUGAGAUGCGCAAGAUGGAAGACCAGAAAAGAGACCUGGAAGAAACAGUUGCAAAGUACUGGGCUGUAAUUGAUAGCCUGAAAGAGCAAAAAUGUGUGUGGAGCCUGGAGCUGGAGGAGAGGUUUGAGGUGGAGCAGGCCAGGGUGGGACAACAGCACACCGAAGACAUUUACCAUCCAGGGCAGCAGCUGGACCGGGAGGGAGAAGAGCUGAGAACGCAGCGCAGGGACAGAGAGAGACUGAGCUGUAUGUGGGUGUUGGAGAUGCCACAAGAAGCACAGCAUGUGAAUCCUGAUGUAAAACUGACUCAGAAAGCAGCUGCUGUGAGAAGCGUCCUGCCAAGCAGGGGGAGCAAAUGCCACACAGCCCAUGCACUAGUCGUCUGUCUUGGUUGCUUGGGGAAGACAGGAAGAACUUCCCCACUCAGCUACUCUGCCUCCCACAUGGGAGAGCUCUGCCAGCUGCUGGAGGAGAACAGCUUGCUGAAAAGUCAACUUGGGAGACUCCAGCAAGAGCUGAGGCUAGCAAAGGAGAGGGGCAGCAACCAUGAUGUGAGAAACGUGAGCAAGUUGGGCAGAGAGAAGGUGGAGGAGCUGGCUGAAAUAGCAGAGUUAACAGCAUCGAGUGAGAAGAGCAAGGGGGAUGUCUCCCACCUGAAUGUCAAGAUGCGUCAGCUGGGCUGUGAACUCACUGAGUGCAAGGCCAGUCAUGGUGCUGGCCCUGGCACUGUCCAGCUGCAGAGCCAAAGGCUUGCAGAGGCUGAGCGGCUACGAGGAGCAGAGAUGGCUGCAAGGCUGGAGCACCACCAGCAGCAUGCAGCGUGUUGGAUGGAGACAGAGCUGCUCCAACAGCAGCUCAGGGCCUCACAGGAGAAGCUCUUAGAAGCCAAAGCAAACCUGAGCCUGGCCCAGACUCGGCAUGCUCUGCAGUUGCAGCAGGCCAAGGCCCAGAUGAACAAUGUGGUGCCAAAGAAACAGUUUGAGCGGCUGCAAACCAGCUUGAGAGAGGAACAGUGCAAGGCUCAGCAGCUCCAGGAAAACCUCCACCGGCAGGCUGAGCAGACAUGCAGGCAGCUGGUCACGAUCCAGGAGGAACACGAGAGUCUGCUGCAGGCAGCCGUGGAGCAGGCAGAGGGGCUGGAACACAAUCUGAGAAGUGCGGAAGCUGUGCUGGCAGAGAGGGCGGCUCAACUCAAAGAUGCCCAGGCCCAAAUCUCCAGGAACAAACUGCUGAUUGAAGACCUCCGUGAGGAGAACAGGGGGUUUGCAAUGGCCCUACAGGUGGCUGAGCUGAAGCAGAAGAGCACUGAGGAGAAGAACCAGCUGUUGGAGGAGCAAGCCUCAGCUCUGAAGCAGCUUAUCGGAAAAAUCACGCCAGCAUCUCUGAGUGGGUGAUGGGGCACCCGCUGUGGUAGCCCUGCCCCUGGUCCUGGCUGGGGUUUGUCAGAUGCAGAAGGGGAGGUGUGGCUGGGUUGGGAAAUCAGCUUUGUUCUCCCUGGUCUUGCCAGGAUUUUCCUGGGUAGAAAGUAGAAAAUGGAGAAACCAGACAGUCCUUUAAGGAAAUUGGUCCUGUGGUAGCUGAAUUUUCCUGCUGAACACACCAGCUUUGGUGCCUUUCUCGGUGGCCGAGUAUGCUGUUGUAAGUCAGGUCUAUCUGAGGGCAGCCAUCCCACAGGAGCUGCCUGCACUCUGGCAGCGUGUUUGGUGGUGGUGUGGAUGCUCCCUCUCUGUGGAGGGGUGCUGUUGGGGCCAUGCUAUUACAGCUGGAAUGCCAGGGCAGGAGGGCUUGCAGGUUCCUGCACCUGGCUCACUCUAAGCAGGAAAGCUGUGUUGUGGCAUUAAAAUGUUUGCAGUAUUACA